AUGCGGGCGAGAGAGGCGCGGGGAGAGGAGAACGCAAAAAAAGAGAAGAGCGCGGUUUUUACGACCGAUGUGCGAGGUGAAAUUCACAACAUGAAACUGUUCUACUUCCUUUUCGUCGUUAUAAUGGCAGUCCUUGGAUUCCAAACCGCAGAAGCCUGCAUUCCGAAUGGUGGCAAAUGCCAGGCGAAUGGUAGCGCAGGAAACUGUUGUUCUGGAUUCUGCUACCAACAACCCAACUGGAAGGAUGGUGACUGCAGAUAGACCAACUACGAGAUUGUUCAGUAUUUUACAGUUUUUUCAAUGUGAAAUAAAUGAUGUUACAUAAAUAAUGGUUUUCCUUCGUUUUUGACAAAAAUAAUUUGUAACUAGCAAUUAGGGCCAAGGGCCCAUUACGAGCCUCUUUCCACUUCAGUUGGCCCAACUAUUGAAAUCUUA